CUUGAGUCACUGCUGCAGGUGAACUGUUGAAGAGCCAUGAGUAUCCUCUGACAUCCAGCUAGUUGAAGGUAUUAAUUCUGUCAGCGUCACACUAUGGCUUCUGUCAGUGUACUGUUAAUGCUGUUGCCUGUUGCAUGGUCAUGCAUUCCCCAAAAAGCAGAUUACGUUAUGGUGUCAUGUUUCCCCAAUGCUAUAAUUGCCAACGUCCCAGAGUGUCCCUACGGCUGGGAGAUUGACCAGCUGUCUCUGGGUGGAGUCUGUUACACUGGAAUACACAGUCCAGGUUACUACCGCUUCAUCAUCCCAGAUCUCACACCCAAAAACCACUCAUACUGCGGCACACAGUCGGAGUACAUGCCUGGCAAAGACCCCAAAUACAUCUUCUAUAACUCCAUUGUGUCCAACGAUACUUCACUGACAGUCAGAAACCAGCCCGUGAACUACACCUUCAGCUGCACGUACCGAGCAGCGUACCUGGUGAAUAACGCUGUCUUCAGCCAAAGAGUGGCUACAGUUUAUGUCAACAAUGGGAGUUUAGGCACUUUUAGAUCACAGUUGUCUAUGAAUGUGUUCACGAAUUCAAAGUUUCUGUAUGCCAAGGACGCGCCCUAUGUGAUCGACACAUCUGAGAUCGGCUCUGAAGUUUUUAUUGGCAUCGAGGCAAAAGGUCUAAGUAACAGGUUCAAAGUUGUGAUAAGCAACUGCUGGGCCACUCCCUCUCCUUACUCCACAGACAGAAAAAGGUGGAGCCUCAUCAUCAACAGCUGCUCGUCCGACAGCACUGUGACUAUCUUUGAGAAUGCCAAAGACAGCCGCUCCAUGUUCAAGUUCAACUCUUUCCGCUUCCAGCGGCAGGAGAAGGUGUCUACUGUCUGGCUUCACUGUGAGGUCCAUGUGUGUGAUGGAGAAAGGAUCAUCUGUCAGCCAAGCCCCUGCUCUGUGAGAAGUUUGUCCUCGGAGGCAGACCCGAAUGGGGGGAUCCUGACUGCUGAAUUUCACAUCAAAGGCAAUGAGUCUUCUAAUAAUGGACACAUAACAGGCGUCUCACUGCUCCUCCUGCUGGUGGUCCUGAUAAACACGGGUUGUGAUUUAGUCAACGAAACAACAAUUUUUUAAAACAAAAUCGCCGGUUUCCACAAACACACAGAUACAGAGGGGCGUGUC